AUCCAGAAAACAUGGCCACUGCAAUUAGGGAGGUGGGAGUUUGGAGACAGACCAGAACACUCCUACUGAAGAAUUAUCUAAUUAAGUGCAGGACUAAAAAAAGUAGUGUUCAGGAAAUUCUUUUUCCACUAUUUUUUUUAUUCUGGUUAAUAUUAAUUAGCAUGCUGCAUCCAAAUAAGAAAUACGAAGAAGUGCCUGAUAUAGAACUUAAUCCUAUGGACAAAUCUAUCCUCUCUAACCUAAUUCUUGGAUAUACUCCCGUGACUAAUAUUACGAGAAACAUCAUGCAAAAAGUGUCUACCGAUCAUCUUCCUGAUGUGAUAAUUACUGAAGAAUAUACAAAUGAAAAAGAAUUGACAGCAUCCAGUCUUUCUAAGUCCUCCAACUUUGUAGGUGUGGUUUUUAAAUCCUUCAUGGUGUAUGAACUUCGUUUUUUUCCUGACAAGAUUCCAGUAUCUUCUAUUUAUAUGGAUUCAAGAGCUGGCUGUUCAAAAUCAUGUGAGGCUGCUCAGUACUGGUCCUCAGGGUUCACAGCUUUACAAGCAUCCAUAGAUGCUGCCAUUAUAGAGUUGGAGACCAGUGUUUCUGUUUGGAAGGAGCUGGAGUCCACUAAAGCCAUUAUUAUGGGAGAAGCUCCUGUUGUAGAGAUAGACCUCUUUCCCCGAGGAGUGAUUUUAAUAUACCUAGUUAUAGCAUUUUCACCUUUUGGGUACUUUCUGGCAAUUCAUAUUGUAGCAGAAAAAGAGAAGAGAUUAAAAGAAUUUUUAAAGAUAAUGGGACUUCAUGAUACCGCCUUUUGGCUUUCCUGGGUUCUUCUGUAUACAAGUUUGAUUUUUCUUAUGUCUCUUCUUAUGGCAGUCAUUGCAACAGCCUCUUCCUUAUUCCCUCAAAGUGGCUGCUUUGUGAUAUUUCUACUUUUUUUCCUGUAUGGACUUUCAUCUGUAUUUUUUGCUUUAAUGCUGACUCCUCUUUUUAAAAAAUCAAAACAUGUGGGAAUAGUUGAAUUUUUAGUCACUGUGGCUUUUGGAUUUAUUGGUUUAUUGAUAGUCCUCAUGGAAGGUUUUCCCAGAUCAUUGGUGUGGCUUCUCACUCCUUUCUGUCAGUGUACUUUUUUGAUUGGUAUUGCACAGGUUAUGCAUUUAGAAGAUUUUAAUGAAGGUGCUUUAUUUUCUAAUUUGACUGAAGGCCCAUAUCCUCUAAUUAUUACUCUUAUCAUGCUAGCACUUAAUAGUAUAUUUUACAUCCUGUUGGCUGUCUACCUUGAUCAAGUCAUUCCAGGUGAAUUUGGCUUACGGAGAUCAUCUUUAUAUUUUCUGAAGCCAUCAUAUUGGUCAAAGAACAAAAGAAAUUAUAAAGAGUUAUCAGAAGGCAAUGUUAAUGGGAGUAUUAGUUUUAGUGAAAUUGUUGAGCCUGUUUCUUCAGAAUUUCUAGGGAAAGAAGCCAUAAGAAUCAGCGGUAUACAGAAGACAUACAGAAAGAAAAGUGAAACUGUGGAGGCUUUGCGAAACUUGUCCUUUGACAUCUACGAGGGUCAGAUUACUGCAUUACUUGGCCACAGUGGAACAGGAAAGAGUACAUUGAUGAACAUUCUUUGUGGAUUGUGCCCACCCUCUGAUGGGUUUGCAGCUAUAUAUGGACACAAAGUCUCUGAAAUAGAUGAAAUGUUUGAAGCAAGAAAAAUGAUUGGCAUUUGUCCACAAUUAGAUAUACACUUUGAUGUUCUGACAGUAGAAGAAAAUUUAUCAAUUUUGGCUUCAAUCAAAGGAAUACCAGCCAACAAUAUAAUACAAGAAGUGCAGCAGGUUUUACUGGAUUUAGAGUUGCAGGCCAUCAAAGAUAACCAAGCUAAAAAGUUGAGUGGUGGUCAAAAAAGAAAGCUGUCUUUAGGAAUUGCUGUUCUUGGAAAUCCUAAGAUACUACUCCUAGAUGAACCAACAGCUGGAAUGGACCCCUGUUCUCGCCAUAUUGUUUGGAAUCUUCUGAAAUACAGAAAAGCCAAUCGGGUGACAGUGUUUACUACUCAUUUCAUGGAUGAAGCUGACAUUCUUGCUGAUAGGAAAGCAGUCAUAUCACAAGGAAUGUUGAAAUGUGUUGGCUCUUCAAUUUUUCUCAAAAGCAAAUGGGGGAUUGGCUACCGUCUAAGCAUGUACAUAGAUAGAUAUUGUGCCACAGAAUCUCUUUCUUCACUGGUUAAACAACAUAUACCUGGAGCUACUUUAUUGCAACAGAAUGACCAACAGCUUGUAUAUAGCUUGCCUUUCAAGGACAUGGACAAAUUUUCAGGUUUGUUUUCUGCUCUGGACACUCAUUCUAGUUUGGGUGUUAUUUCUUAUGGUGUUUCCAUGACAACUUUGGAAGAUGUAUUCUUAAAGCUGGAGGUUGAAGCAGAAAUUGACCAAGCAGAUUACAGUGUAUUUACUCAGCAGCCACCAGAGGAAGAAAUGGAUAUAAAAUCUUUUGAUGAAAUGGAGCAGAGCUUACUUACUCUCUCUGAAACCAAGGCUUCUCUAGUGAGCUCCAUGAGCCUUUGGAAACAGCAGGUGUACACAAUAGCAAAGUUUCAUUUCCUUACCUUGAAACGUGAAAGUAAAUCACUGAGAUCUGUAUUGCUUCUGCUUUUAGUUUUUUUUGCAGUUCAGGUUUUUAUGUUUUUGGUGCAUCACUCUUUUAAAAAUGCAGUGGUUCCCAUCAAACUUGUUCCAGAUUUAUAUUUCCUAAAACCUGAAGAUAAACCACAUAAGUACAAAACAAGUCUGCUUCUUCAAAAUUCUACUGACUCAGAUGUCAGUGAUCUCAUUAGCUUUUUCACAAAACAGAACAUAAUGGUGACGAUGUUUAAUGACAGCGACUAUGUGUCUGCUGCUCCACACAGUGCAGCUUUAAAUGUGAUGCGCUCGGAAAAGGACUAUAUUUUUUCAGCUGUUUUCAACAGUACUAUGGUUUAUUCGUUACCUGUGUUGAUGAAUAUAAUUAGUAACUACUAUCUUUAUCAUCUAAAUGUGACUGAAACUAUCCAGAUCUGGAGUACUCCUUUCUUUCAAGAAAUUUCUGACAUAGUUUUUAAAAUUGAGCUGUAUUUUCAAGCAGCUUUGCUGGGAAUCAUUGUCACUGCAAUGCCACCUUACUUUGCCAUGGAGAAUGCAGAGAAUCAUAAGAUCAAAGCUUAUACUCAGCUUAAACUUUCAGGUCUUUUUCCGUCUGCAUAUUGGAUUGGGCAAGCCAUCAUUGAUAUCCCCUUAUUUUUGAUUGUUCUUCUUUUGAUGCUGGGAAGCUUAUUUGCAUUUCAUUAUGGACUAUAUUUUUAUGCUGUAAAAUUCCUUUCUGUGAUUUUUUGCCUUGUUGCCUAUGUUCCAUCAGUUAUUCUGUUUACCUAUAUUGCUUCUUUCACCUUUAAAAAAGUUCUAAAUACUAAAGAAUUUUGGUCAUUUAUCUAUUCUGUGACAGCCUUGCUUUGCAUUGCAGUCACCGAGAUCACUUUCUUUUUGGGAUACACAGCUUCAACUGUUCUUCAUUAUAUUUUUUGCAUACUCAUUCCAAUCUAUCCACUUCUCGGUUGCCUGAUUUGUUUCAUAAAGAUUUCUUGGAAGAAUAAGCAAAAAACUGAGGGCACCUAUGAUGCAUGGGAUAGACUUUUGGUGGCUGUUGUAUCGCCGUACUUGCAGUCUGUACUGUGGAUUUUCCUCUUGCAGUAUUACGAGAAAAAAUAUGGAGGCAGGUCACUAAGAAAGGAUCCCUUUUUCAGGAACCUUUCGACAAAGUCUAAAACUAAGAAGUUUCCAGAACCACCAAACAAUGAAGAUGAAGAUGAAGAUGUGAAAGCUGAAAGACUGAAAGUCAGGGAGCUGAUGAAUUGCCAGUGUUGUGAAGAGAAACCAGCUAUCAUGGUCAGCAAUUUGCAUAAAGAAUAUGAUGACAGAAAAGAUUUUCUUCUUACCAGAAAAGUAAAGAAAGUGGCAACUAAAUAUGUCUCUUUCUGUGUGAAAAAAGGUGAGAUCCUCGGAUUACUGGGACCAAAUGGUGCAGGGAAAAGCACAAUUAUUAAUAUCCUGGUUGGUGAUAUUGAACCAACUUCAGGCCAGAUAUUUCUAGGAGGUUAUUCUUCAGAAUCGACUGAAGAUGAUGACUCCGCUAAGUGUAUAGGAUACUGCCCUCAGAUGAACCCACUAUGGCCAGAUAGUACGUUGCAGGAACAUUUUGAGAUUUAUGGGGCUGUGAAAGGAAUGAGUGCAAAUGACAUGAAGGAAGUCAUAAGCAGAAUUACAAAUGCACUUGAUUUAAAAGAACAUCUUCAGAAAACUAUAAAGAAACUUCCUGCAGGAAUCAAGCGAAAGUUGUGUUUUGCUCUGAGUAUGCUGGGAAAUCCUCAGGUUACUCUGCUAGAUGAGCCAUCUACAGGUAUGGAUCCUAAAGCCAAACAGCACAUGUGGCGAGCAAUUCGAACUGCAUUUAAAAAUAAAAAGCGAGCUGCUAUUCUGACCACUCAUUACAUGGAGGAAGCAGAGGCUGUUUGUGACCGGGUCGCUAUUAUGGUGUCUGGACAGUUGAGAUGUAUUGGGACAGUACAACAUCUAAAGAGUAAAUUUGGGAAAGGCUACUUUUUGGAAAUCAAACUUAAGGACUGGAUUGAAAACCUAGAAGUAGACCGCCUCCAAAGAGAAAUUCAGUAUAUUUUCCCAAAUGCAAUCCGUCAGGAAAGCUUCUCUUCUAUUUUGGCCUAUAAAAUCCCUAAGGAAGAUGUACAGUCUCUUUCACAAUCUUUUUCUAAGCUGGAAGAAGUGAAACACACUUUUGCCAUCGAAGAAUACAGCUUUUCUCAGGCAACAUUGGAACAGGUUUUUGUAGAACUCACUAAGGAACAAGAGGAAGACGAUAAUAGUUGUGGAACUUUAAACAGCACACUUUGGUGGGAAAGAACACAGGAAGACAGAGUAGUGUUUUAAACUCAUCGCUCAAAUCUGCUUAUUGGACUUUUUUCUUCUUCACUUGAGUUAACUUUGGUGUUAAAAAUUUAUUAUUUGAAUAGUAACCGGAGAACCGUGUAAGCAUAUCAGAUAAAGAAAAUGCUUAUUUCACCAGGCUCCUUAAUUGAAAUGCUGUGGUUCUAUGUUGUGCUUUCUUCAAAUAAAAUUUAUGUAUAAUU